AUGCGCGGCGACCGCGCCGCGCGCGACACGCGCCACAAUAAAGAUCACGAAAACUUAAAAUCAUCACUGAAAAAGGGCACCAAAUCUAAAAAGCACCGAGUUAUAUUUGAUGAGAGCGCUAACGAAUUUUUUGAAGCGGAUUACAUUAUCGUGGUGCGCGAUGAAUGUGGAUACUCUGAUGAGGGUGAAGGCGAAGAAUGCUCGGGUUGUGGCGCGUGCGAGCGGUACCAGGAGCCGGAGCCGGGUGCGCUCAGUCCACCAGAAGGCUACAAAGACAUGGGCCUCUUCAAUCGCGAUGGCACUUUGCGCGAGCAAGCCUGGUGGGAAGCCGGCGAUGUGCUGCUGGUGGGUGAACGCUCGGGCACGGUGUUCACGCCGCAGCACCUGCAGCUGCUGCGGCGGCUCCAGCGCGAGAGGAUGCUGCGCUCUACCAUCUGUGCUGACUGUGACGCGCACGCCGCUCUGCACCAGCCUCUAGAAAUGGAAUACAGCUAUGAAGAGGAGGAGGGGAGUGACGUGGAGACCGAUUUGCGGCCGGUCGCUCGUCGGACGGCCAAGCACAUUGCCGCUGGGGAAGAACGACCGCGGAUCAAUUCCAGCCAACAGACCACCCCCACCGAUGAAUGCAACCCGGAGAUCUGUGUGGAAGAGACGAAGCCUGAAAUGCCAUCAGCCCCGCUAACCAGCGAAGAUAGCGACACGGCGGAUACCGACGGCAGACUAUCUUCCGAGUGCUCGCCGUUACCGCAGCGUCGGGGUGGAAUAUUAAAAGGGGGGAGGCUUUGGAAGUCGUUGGACACAGACAAGGACAUAAAUGAACAGAAUGAUGAUCAGCGGUCCACAACCACAGCCAGCGACGAAGACGGUUCCAUCACACCACGGUCUGUACGAUUUUUAGAAAGACCAAAUGAUUCAGAGGAGGAGCAUCCAAAGAAAGAACCAGAAGCGGUUCACACUCAAACAGAAAAUAAUGAAACUACAACACAACAAAAGGAAUAUAACUCCACAAGUGGAAGUCACAGACUGGAGACGCCACUCAUCCUAACGAUCAACGCGCCCAAAGCUAAUUCGGCGGUUCAGCAGUUGUUCAACAGCGGCAGACCGCCACCGCCCGCCAUCGAACCACAGUUAGUCACUUCUGAAACGCUGAGGGCAUGGGAUGCGGGCGUCAGACCCAAGACUGAGGAGGCAGCGGUACGCCGCGUAGCUGAAAGAAAUGCAUUACGCUGCUCUUUACUCCGUAGCGAAGCCAGGAAAAAACAACAACCAAAGCAGGAAACGACGUCUCUCGCCGAGCGCAUUCGUUUACUGACUUGUGAUGUCGAAGAUGAGCCGGAGGAGCAAAGAGCAUCGCCAGCCGGAGCCAAUGUCGACAAGAUGUCAAGCAGCAGCGACAAAUCGAGCGACAAGUCCUACAAUAGUAUUGACAAAAACAGUGAGAAAGCUUUCGGCAGCGCAUCGUCGAGCUCGUCGUCAUCGACAAUAUCAGUGCCCCUGCCCACACGUCAGCUUCCCCCCGACUUGGGUGACGUACAUCAGGAGCCACAAAAGCCAAAGUCAGAACCGAGGCGACAGUUCCUAUCUACACUGGCUCCGUUGACCGCCUGCGUGGGGAGUGCAGCUCAUCACGAGGGCUUCUACUACGUACCUCCUGGAGAUCGUACAUCGGCAUCAUCAGCCACUAACCUAGACUUACAGGAGCAUACAGACGCUCCAGCACCGGACGUAGUUGCAGGAACUCCUGGAGCUGGUGAAGGCGAUGACGGUCUGGCUGCUUUCGCUAGAGCUACUGCUCCAAGGACUGAAAGACUGAGGCAGCGAUAUGGUCAGGAGUCACAACCCGUCAGCAGCGACGAUGAACAUGACGACUACGGUUUCCAUCGUCGACCUGCGGUUCGCGGUAUUGCUAUAAAGCAGCAGCUUGGCGCAUCCGACGAUAUAUUGCAACAAAUGCAAAACGAACUGCAGCCAUCUCCAGGCACGACACCGCAACAAUUGCCGCCUUCCCAUGCAUGCCAACGCACAAACUCCAACUAUUCUUGGCCUUACUAUUCUGAAGCCAAUCUUAAUUCACGGCCGCAAAGCAGAACUAGUGCAAAUUCGAACUGGUCCAAAUCGUCCGACUAUAUGCCUUCGCGACCAUGCCAGAGUACUCCCGUGCCUCAGCAACAUUCGGACGCUUGCUACGCCCACGCACAGAACAUGGCGUCCUAUGCACAUUAUCAGCAACAGCGGCAGCAGCAAGAGAGCAUGUAUCGCAAUUGUUCUCUCUACGCCAAUAUCGGGUGUUCGGACAGCAGCCAGGAGCUAUACAGCUCCCAAACGAGCUCGGAGCAGACAUCUCCGGUGCGCGCUGUGCCUCGAUGCCGCCGUCCGGAGUCUCCACCACCGAUCCGGAGCCACCAUCAACUGCUUUACCUGCCAUACAGUUCCCACUAUCAUUACCAACACCAUGCAGACUACGGUCAGCAACAAUGGCAGCAGGCUAACGACUACAACCGCAUGCACUCGUACUACCAGCAGCAAGCCCGCAGUGGUGCGAGCACGCCGCAACCGGCCGCGGCUCAGCCACAGCGAGCACACUACACACAUGCGCUGCAAUUACAGACGCUCUGUCCUGCACCCGCGCGAUACAGGCCUGUGCCAGCCCCUCAACCUGGAGGCGGAAAGCAAAUGAUUUGCUACUCUGAGAAAGUGGCGGCUCCGAUGUAUCAACCGGCACCAGGGUCCCCAUCUAGGGCUGCCAGGGGGGCUCCAGAGGGCGCGCCCUCUGGAGUAUCGGCACAGCAAGCCACGUCACCCAUGGCACCUCCCCCUAACCCCGUCUACUAUGCCAUGAAUGUCUGACGGGGGGACUAGGUGAGAAUCGUGGUGGGCCCCACAGGAGAGGUCCGUGUCAGUAUUCAGCCACCAGUGAACACAGUCAUUCCCACAAAGAAAAAAUAAAAGUUGUUGUCGAUCCCUGCACAAACAGGAGUUUAAAAAAAUGUUUACCCUAAAUGGUAACUGUCGCGUUAACAGUUAUAUAAUUGUAUGUCGAUGUAUAUAAAGUAAUUUGUCCAUGUUAUUAUAAUUCUUGAGUAUCAGAAAUGUUUUAGGUGAGAAUAAUCAUAAGAUUCAUAAGUAGUUCUGUGAAUAUAAACCUUUUUUGGGACCGAUACAACAAAAUCACCACGUCUUCGUUGUAUAAUUAUUAAUGUAAAUAAUAAUAGUUAUAUGUGUGUAUCUAAUCAAGUUUGUGCGUGUUCAGAUAAGCAAUAAUUUACGCAACUCUUCACAAAUCUCAUUUUCUGAUUUUUAUUCUUGUUCUCCUUCAACCAAAAUUAAUUACCAAAGAUUUAUUGUGUUACUCUAUACCAAAUUAUAAUUAUAUACCAAAGAGUAAAAAUAUUUUAUUUUUAAGUUUUUAUGGUAAUACUACAUUAUUAUUAAUAGAAUAGAAUGAUUGAUAAAUAAUUGCUUUUCUUGUCGUGAUAUUUGUAAAACCCAUAGAAAUCAGUUUUAGAGUUCCAAGGUGCUGGGACUUUAUACACUCUAAAUGUUUGCUUCUCAAAAUAUAAUUGUCAUAAAAUAAAGUACCUAUAAUAUUCCUUAAAUAAAAUAAUAAAUAUCGUCUGAUGUGUUAGUUUAUAUCUAAGUAUGGAGAUUUGUGUAAAACUAAUGUUGGAUUUUGGGUUGCUAGAAACAUAACUAUGACGAAGAUUUACAUCUCGAUAAGGAAAGUGUUCUGAAAAAUGAAUUGACACGGCCUAGAUUAGAAGGUAAUGUGAUUUAUAUUUAAAUAAUUAUAUUUCAUGACUUAAAUGAACUUUGAAUGCCGGAGAAGUAAACCUAGUUAUAUGAAAUAUUCCAAAAUUUCUGUACAUGAGUAAAUAAAAGGAUACUAAACAAUUUUUCAACACUGUCAAUAGAUUUUUAAAGUGUAAUAUUGUCCUACAGUAAUGCGAACCAAUUUUACCGCAUUUAUAAUGUGAAUAUAUAAAUUUAAUAUUUAAAAAAUAGAUCUCAUUGUUGAUGUUGUUCGUGAAAUGGCCUUAUUGGGGCCUACCAGUUAAGUAUAUAUGUAAUUAGGUAGGUAAGUAUUUGCGCUGCGUUUGCAACCCGUUCAUUGGCCAUUGUUCGUGAAGUAAUGAAGUAAUGAAACCUUCAUUGCUGCAUGUUUAAUUAAUUAAUAAUAUCUCAUAAGUCAAUGAACGGGUUGUUGCACACGACACUAAUUUCUCUAAGUUUGGCUAAUUAAUGGACCAUUUGUUACACGCAAAUAUCCAGACUAGUGCCAAAAUAAGUAUUAGCGACGUAGUGUUCGAAACAAGAACUAUGUUAUAUGUAAAUACCUACGAGAUUAGGUUUACGGAUUCCUAUUGCCGGCCUAUAAUUCAAUUAAGUUAAUUUAGGUUACUCAUGUUUGUUUAUAAAGUCUGUGAAUGGUGUAAACCAAGCUACAAACAGUAGAACUUGUAAAUUACUCAAAAUAAAAAGUAUUUCUCGGCUGACUGGACAAAGUGAGGGACACCUCGAUUUUCAUUAAGAUAUAAUUAUCGAGUAUUAUAAAAUUACUUAUUAUUUAGUAUAUUUUAAGACAAUAACUUUUAUGUUUACUACCAUAAGAUCGCUUUCGCUGAUAUUACCAAUAUGUUAUUAAAGCAGUAGAUCUUGUUUUAUAAUAAUAAGAUUGGCUUUCAUGUGUUUAUUGUGUAAAUUAUUAGAUGUAACUUCAGCUUACUGAUUAGGAGCGUCUAGAGAAGGCAAUCUGUUAACAACCACCAUAGAACAAAUUAAACGAAGUUGCACAACUACUAGACCAAAAAGGGAGACCAAAAUUGAACCUCAUUCCUUUGAAAAUAGGUAGAAAACUAUUUUUGAGACAUCGACACUGGUAUCAUGCUAAUUAACUAACUUACCAAUUUAGUGUCAUCUCUAUAAGUAUAGAGAUAAUGAUAUAAUAAGAACAACAUAAUUACACAUUACACAUGAAUAUUGGGCAUUUAAAACUCAACUAUAAACGAAAUGGGUCACUGUUAUGAUACAUUAAUUUAAUAUCUCGUACCUAAUGCUGAGAUACCAAUCCUUCACAACGUGAUUUCGUCAUGUUUACACAGAAAGAACCUCAGUUAUUAUAAUUAAUUACAAAUAAUGCCACCAGUGACAGUAGGUACCUACUGUAGGUCCAAACAAAUGUGACUUGCUAAAGGCAAAAACGAACUCAAAUAGUUGCAUAUUAGAAAAUUAGGCAACCACUGAAGCUACAUAACAAACCCAAGAAAUCCUAUUAAAAGAAUUUCAUUAAAUAUUCAGGACAAAGAUCCUUGUAAAAAGUAUUAGGAUAAAAAAUGUGUUAUUAUUGUAGCGAAAGUUGUUACCGGAGAGUAAGAGUAACAUAUUUUGUAAAUUGAUGCGAUGUAAAUAAUUAAAAAUAAAUUAAUGUGAAGCCAAAUCUGUAGUGUAGAAAGAAAAUAUUUCAAUUCAAUUUGACAUAAGUAAUACCUAUUUUGUAAAAAGGUUGUUACAUCAUUAGUGAACUUUCUCAUGUCUAUCAUUAUUGUUAAUCCUAAAUGUGUUACUUCAUUUCACAAUUGUAGAAAAAAAACUGUCCCGUGUAGACUCAGAAUUUUAAUAUUACUUACUAAACUUGGUAGAUACUAUAGUGUCCAUAAAAUUACACUUAAACAUCACAAUGUUUUAGUAAACAAAUGCUUGAGUUGAGGUUUCACAUUAUAUAAUUAUUUAUUUAAGUAUAAGUAAAAAAUC